UUUCGUUUUCGUGACAUCGAAUCUUUCAGUACGCAGUCUGAACGGAAAGAACACAUCCUGAAAUAUUAAAUGAGGUUACAUUGCUACAACAUUAGAUGGCGACAAGACGUCUUUAUGACCAAGGUUUCGGUUUCCAUUCUGAGUUAGACACUCCCAUCUCUAGGAGCGGUCAAUAAAGCCUGCACCACCUUCCUUUUCAAACAGGCUCUGUAAAAUUUAUCAUACAGACGUCCUAGAUAAGCCAAGGCUUCAGUUUCCAUUCUGAGUUAGACACUCCCAUCUUUAGGAGCGGUCAAUAAAGCCUGCACCACCUUCCUCAUCAAACAGAUUGUGAAACAUUUAUUAUACAGACGUCCUAGACAAGGUAUGGAUCCGGACAGAACUUUGAGAACAAAACUUCUCCAGUUGGAAUGCCACUUUACCUGGGCUCUGAAGAAAGAUGAUAUAGAUCUAAAGGAUAUUCUCAAUAGACUGCAAGAACAGAUUAAGUUGUACCUCGGAAAGAAAGAUGAACUUGCCCGAACUUACAGUGCUUUGGCAUAUGUCCAGUUCCUUCUGGAGUUUCACGAGGAGGCACAUAAUAAUCUCAUGACAUCCGUGAAGCUACUCAUGGAAUGCCACCAGGAUGAAUUUCAUAAAACUCUUAUUGUCACUUACGGAAACCUUGCCUGGUUAAACUACCACAUGAAGAACUACACAGAAUGUGAAGGUUACCUGAAGAAGCUUCAGAAGAUAAAUGAAACCUUUCCCACUGAGUGUUCAUCUAUUCCAGAGGUGCUAGGUGAAAAGGGAUGGACUUUUCUUAAAUUCUCACGCAAAUAUUACAACAGAGCCAAAGAAUGUUUCAGGAAGGCUUUAGAACUGGAACCAGAGGAAGGCGAUUGGAAUGCUGGUUAUGCCAUUGCUCUGUAUCGCACUGAAUAUGAGAGUUUCACUGUGGAGAAUUCGCCUACAAUAAAGCAGCUGAGACGGGCCAUUGACACAAAUCCAGAGGAUGACGUUCUCAAAGUCCUCUUAAGCAUGCGACUGAUUGUUUACAAAAGGUACAAAGAGGCUGAUAGUUUGGUAGAGAAGGCUUUAGAAAGAUCUCCAGAUCACCCACAUGUCAUGCGAUAUGUUGCAAAAUUCUUCAGGAGUCAAGGAAGUGUGGACAGGUCAAUUGCUCUUUUGAAGCGAGCGCUUGAAAGCUCACCCAAUUCAAGUUUCAUACAUCAUCAGUUAGCUCUUUGCUAUAAGUUGAAGAAAAUCCAACUGAUGCAGGAGCAAAGUCACCAUGCCAAAGGGUCAAGAAUUCAACAGAUUCGCAAUCAAUGCAUCUAUCAUUUAGAAAAGGCCACCAGCCUGACAGCCUCCUUCAUUUCUGCAAUGAGCGAUCUAGCGCUGCUUUAUGGAGAGAACCAGGAUAUGUCACGGGCUGAGGAGCUGUUUCAGGUCACUUUCAAAGCAGCCGGAGAGAAAAACGACAAUCUACAUGUUGUCAAUUUUUUUUAUGCUGAAUUCCAGCUCUACUGCCACAGAUGUGAGCCAUUAGCUGUCAAACACUACAUGGAAUGUCUGAAGAUUAACCCGGAUUCAGUCGAAGGGAAGAGAAGUAGCUGCAGUUUAAAGAAGAUCGCUGACAAACGAAUUCAGAGAAACUUGCUGGAAGGGGAGGCUUAUGGGAUACUGGGGUUUCUUCAUAAGUUAAAAGGGGAGAAACGUCAAGCCAUUGAGUGCUAUGAGAAAGCUUUGAGUUAUGAAGACAAUGAUGAGUUCCUCAGUAACCUUAGUGAACUCAGGCUGUCCUUACAGUAAAGUCAUCACAUAUUAUGUGCUUACACUAUCAGUUGUACAUAAUGUAAUAUGCAUUUGAUUGUGCUCCAUGUACUGACACUUUAUGGCUAUUUAUUCUAUAAAUGUAUAAUGAAGAUUAAGUCAGAAAAAAAUAAUCACAAAAUAUACAGUAUACUCUACCUUUAUGUUUAUGUUCUAAGAUUAAUGUAAUAAAGGCAUAACAUCUAUUUGGCUAAAAAUAUUUUACAGGAUUUGUAAACUUUCAUUAUCCAAAGGCACUUUGCACUAAGAGCUUAAAAGUUUAAAUAAAAUUAUAAUAUAAAUAUAA